AGUGAAUAAUUCUAUGAAUUUUUUGGUUACCUUUUUUACCAGAAGGUAAAAAUUAGUGUCAUCCUCGAAGAAAAAGGUAGGAGCAAAUCCAUGUACUGGCAAGUCAUCAUGGAAAAUGAAGAAGUUAUUUUGUUUGCGGCAGUGCUUGUCGCCUCGCUGUGGCUGUUCAUCAAACGAGUUUAUGUGGAGCGACUCCCGUCAUACUUUCACUGCAAGUACGUCUUUUUGACUGGCUGUGAUUCUGGAUUCGGUAGAGAAACAGCACUGCGUCUUGAUAGUUUAGGAUUCAAUGUGUUUGCGACAUGUUUAACGAGAGAAGGCCAAGCAGAUUUGACUGCCAUGUGCAGCAAAAGACUUAAGGUUAUUCAUUUGGAUGUCACAGAUUCACAAGAAAUCAGAAACGCUUACAAGUUCGUGGAGCAAUCUUUGCCAGAAAAUACAGGUAUGUUGCUAUGAAAAAGGAUACAGCGUCUUAAUAAAUAAGUGUCUAAUAAAGAUCAAGGGCUAGGUUUAGUCUUUGAAAGUGUCGAAUUGAAAAAAUCUUCAGAUCAGUUAUUUGUGCCACUUGUUAUAAAUAUAAUGUAAACAUGGCUUAUAUAAACUCUAAACAGUAUAAAAACCAAUAUUUACCAAGUUCAUUGAAAAGGAAUCCAUUAUUCGUGCCCAUUAUUCGUACACUGUAUUUGUUUAUUACAAAAACAAAUGCCCAUGAAAUUGAUUUCAAAGGAUCGCGAGACCCUCUCUGCAUGUGGUAGGUUAUUUGUCGUAGAGUUAAUGUAGAGGUAAUCUUGCCAUUUCCUAUCAUGUGGUACACAGUUUUGUCAUUUAAAAAUAGCUAAAAUAUUACUAUAUUAUUCUAAGAUAAACACGGGGAAAAAAGAAUUAUUUUUUGCAGGGUUCUCUUUAGAAUAUUAGAGGACUUUGACACAAGAAAUUCUGCUUCUUGACUGAAGCACACUUCAAGCACAGACUGUCUCUCGUUGCUAUGCGCGCGCGAGCUUUAAUCUGCUCAACUUUCUUGCGUGACUAUCCGUCUACUAAAAGGGUGGAGUACUUUUGUGUCAUUUUUUGUUGCAACAAAGAAUACUCUUCACCUCCGUGCAAAUUUCUUACAUAUUCCAUAAAACACCCACAUAUUUUCACAAAAAUUCGUUUAAGACCAUUUUUCACAUUUAGCUGACCAGAAAUGAUCGUAUUAAAGUUUCUCGGAACAAUAAGCCCUUUUAUCGCCUUGCUAUUUCCGGCCGUUACGAAUGACGACGAUGACCGUCUCAGAUGGAACAAAAAAUAUAAAUAUAGAAAUCGAUGAAUUAAUUUAAUACCGUCUAAUAUUAGCUCAAGAGAGCUGUCAGCAAGAUGAGAACAUCUCUCCAGCAGUUCGACUGAAACUUCUUGGACUGAAGCCCCUGCAGACUGAGGACCUGAAGGAGUGUGACCCUUGUGUAACGAGAGAACUUUACAACAACAACAACAAGGUUAUCAUUUUCACCCUUGUCGUCUCUUGACUCACUCUACUUGCUUAGCAAGAUUCACUGAGUGAGACUGAUCAGCAAAAAGUCUGCAAUCCGCUAUUUAAAAAAGAGAGAAUCAUUCUUUUUUUUUGACGUUCUAUUACAAAACUGUGGAUUGAAGACUCUUUGUUGAUCAGUCUCAGCAAAAGUAGUAUACUUUGUAUACUUCUCUGUUCCUGUUUAGAAACUGAAGUCAAGGCACGUGCGUUAACGGGAGUUUUCACGUCACUUCCGAUCGAUCCGAGCACCCUUAAGACCACCAACGGCAACUAUCGCUCAAGGGGGAGGUGAAUAGCGGUGGAAGAGGCGCCCAGGUUUACAUAGAAUCCGGGCGGCAUACGCCAUAGUUGUUUUAUUAUUUAUCAAUUUAGUUGAACAAAAAUGAAAAAGUAUUUUUUGGAAAUAACGUCAGACGUCACUCAGUUAUCAAGUAUUUUGGGGAUGUUUUAUCUUUCUUGGCUAGUGCAUUUUUAUGAUUUUGUCGCGAAUUCAGGAAGAAUAACUUGCUAAACUGCCAGAAAUUACUGCCACUUUCUUGGUUUUGUUAGUACAGCUGCUUCAUUUAUCGGUAAUUAACUAAGAUUUUAAUAGUCCUCUAAAACUGUCGCGAAACGAGACGCCAUUUUGAUUUUUGUCCCGAGUUACGGGAGCCAAUCAAACACUUAUGAUUAAUAUAUUGGCUGCUUAAGUUUAAUUUUUGUGUUUGGCUUUUGAAUACACGAAGAAGCCUCUGCUGUGCUGUAACGACGGCAAAGUCAUAAAUCUUUAAAUCAGAUUUCGGUUUUGUUUUUAAAAAGUUACCGCAAGAAUUGUCCCUCAUGAGGACCCUGAAGUUAGUGGAACAUAAGGGCGUCAGUGACCAAGUCAACUACUAUUAACUUCAGUGAGACCAGAAAUCUUACUAGACAAUGAGCAGCCCCUCACGUUUGAACUGCGUGGUUAGCUGCAUGCAGUGCAAACAGUGCACGAGCGCGCGUAAAAAAUGUCAUACGGGAGGAAGGUAAUAUAUAGGUGCGUUCGUGUAUUUCGCUUGUCCUAGUGUAAGGAGAGGUUUCCCAUGCAUUCUUUAUUUGCCUCGAGUUUUAUAUCUAGUUUUCAAAUAUUAUGAGAAAUUUUAUGGUGUUUACAAUGAGCCGCAUUCAGCCGUCGGGGCUCGUGCUAUUUUUGAAAUGCUUUGUUUUAUGCUUUGUUUAAUAAUCCUACAAAAGCCAACAGCGGCCUAUUCAUAGUACAAGCAGAACAAACUUAAUAGUUUUCCGUUUCGUUCCUAAGAUUAUAUAAUUGUAUUAGUUCAACUUCAGUAACGAUUUCUAAAAAUACUAUUGGUUUUCUCAAUAAUAGUUGCUCUGCUUUGAUUUUUUUUUCUUAAUUAACUUUAUUCUACAACAAAGCGGCCUUUCACUGUAACACCUUCUUAAGCGAAUAUAGCUAGUUUUUAAUUAGUAUUUUUGAGCGGUCUCGUAGUUUCUCUGCAAUUUACUUCCGUAAAUAGUCGCUUCGUCUAAAUUUAGAAUUUCAAAAGUUUUGCUGACCUGCAAAUUCGGAAAAUGUCUGCUUUUGUUGUAGGUGAAAAACUACAAUGAGGCAGGUGGUUAAAAGCCGCCUUGCUGACUUAGCAAACUUUGCUAGUUUAUUAUCCUAGUACUUUUUACUCCUAAAAUAGAAUCCGCAACAACAAUCAGUUUCCCUUGACUUCAAACGACUUUGUUUGUAUAUCUAUUUUGUUGAAUACCUGUAGAAAUGAGAUAUAAGUAAGAUAGUUUGUAGUGUUUUUUGACUACAUCUAUUACAUCGACAUCCCGUUGAUUACAUACUUGAUUACAUUACACCGAUUUCCUUGUCAACUACACCGAUUACUUCGAGUACAUGUACAAGAAUUUAAACGCUGUUGGACCCAAGUAAAGUUUGCAUUAUUCUCUGCUGCGUUUCAGUUAGUUUCUUUGAUUCCGGUCCUAAGAGUUCAGUGUGUCGGCUCUUACCCCCGAGCGAGUUCCCCUUUGAGUUUAGUUUCUCCAGUUUUAUCGUGAGUUCAAACUCCGAGUUUCCAGUUUAGCCCUAAAAAGUCAUUCAAAAGUGGAAAAACCUUCAGUCACACUGGUAACCAUGAAGUAAAACGAGGGACUACUCGAAGCACUACACAGCUGGCAGCAAGUUGCUUUCCUUGCCUCGUCCUCGGCUUGGGCCCCUUGUUCAUUAUUUUGUAUGUUGUGAGUAUGGUAGCACCCCAAAAUGAUCUGACAAAGCGCUAUACAAGGGCUUGUCCAGUAGGCUUGUCUGAGCUCGGACUACAAUGUAGGCACGCGUUCCAUAAAGUAUUCUGUAUUUCUUUUGCGCGUUAACAAGCAUAACACAGUAAUUUUUACUUAGUUUUCACCUGGUGGUACUAACAUUCUGCACAAUCAAGGGUUGUAUUUAUGGACAAUUACUUCCUUGCUAUGCAGGUCUAUGGGGCCUAAUUAACAACGCUGGAAUUGCCAAGGUUGGACCAAUCGAAUGGCAAACCUUGGAUGACUAUCGACAGGUAGCAGAUGUUAACUUGUGGGGACUUAUUGACGUCACGAAGGUUUUCUUACCACUUGUCAAGAAACAGCGAGGACGCAUCAUAAAUAUUUCCAGUAUUGGAGGUAAAUUUGUUUUCACUGCUUCAACAUAUAAAUUUUUUUAGCCUAGGAGAAACAUAAUUGCUCUUAUUUGCUUCAAAUUGAGAGGGAAAGUAGUACUUUGCAAUCUCGGCAGCUUUUACUUUGUCUCGCAUGCAUCAGAUGCCAACCUGGGAACCUCGAUAAUCUACAAGCCCCAUUUGAAUAUAUUCAUAGUUACCUCAUCUUUUUUUUCUUUGCUAGCCGGCUUGCAGGGUCAAAAAUUUGAGAUACUUUAAGACACAAUAAAAAUCUUUGCAGUCAGGUUUUGUUAAAACAUUUCACUUUCCACUUUUAUUUUGCGCGCGAUGCACUUCUAAAAAUUUGGCCACACCCGGUAAAGUUCAGACGGCGUACUUCACAUGAACUUUCAUAUUCACUGAAAGUGAUUCCGCUCAUGUGAAGUGCAGGGUCGACCUGAACCAGGCCUAAUAGAGUACACCUUCUUGAUUUUUCUUCUUUUUAUUGUAGGUCGAGCGUCACUGCCACACGCCUCCGCGUAUUCGAUCUCCAAAUUUGGAGUAGAAGCAUUCUCAGAUGCUCUCCGCCGUGAACUAAGCCCGUCUGGUUUGAAAGUCAGUGUGAUAGAGCCAGGAUUUUUUCGGACAAACAUUACAAGUAAAGACAACUUGCGAGAGCAGUGGAAUACACUCUGGAACGAGCUAGACGGUAGCUUAAAAGAGGAAUAUGGUGGUAAAUAUUUUCAAACAAGUAAGUAAAGACAAAUUAGCGGCCAUUUCCCUGCUAUCGCCGAUGUGCAUCACUGAAUUAUUUUGAACUGAUACACCAAUCUAGUGCAAUGGAUACAUACUGCUUGGGUCAGUUUAGUAUUUAAUUUCCUCUUUAAAUAGAACUUAAUGAACAUUUUUCCAUGACUUACCAGAACACUUACUGUUUGACAUACUUGACUCAGUUGGUGCGGAGAAUCAGAAUUAGACUGUCUUAGGGACGGACCAUUAGAAAAGUUAUGGGGGAGUAGGGGAAUUUUCGAGCCGCAGGAACUUUUUUGCGUAAUCAAAUUCCUUGUAUGAAUUUUUUUUAGGCCAUAGCAUGAAAAUUUUGUAAGAUUCAUUGGCGUGCAAAAUAUUUUUUCAUUUAAUUUUCCCUUGCGCAAAUAUAUUUUUUGUACUUCGCCUCCCCUUCCGCCCCCAUAAGUUUUCUAAUGGUCCAUUCCUUAGGAGACCCUGUUGAUUGUGAAGGAGCGAUAAAUUAAGGGACGGACGUGAACAAACGAUAAUAAAAAGGAGGGUUCCCUGUCUGUUCAGUAGCUCGUCUCAGCUCACUCGGCUGCUAGUUCCGCCGGCUUGGCCACUAAACUUUCCGAAUAGGAACUGCUGCUACCAGUCUACAGUCUAUAUUUCAUGUUAAGACACACCCCAAACAUAUAUUUUAAUAUUAUUAUACACUUCGAGGUUGGUGACCGAUAAUAGCCAAAGAAAGAGUUUUUAUUUGUAUUUGAUGACUAGCUUUUCAUUCAAAGGAGAGAAGCCAGAAAAUAAUAGGCUCCUGACAAGGACAAUUACUAAGUUCAUGCAAACAAAAGAAACAGAUACUUCCCUCGAGGAUAAAACCAAUGCGUUCAUAACUGAGUUGGCUGGACUUCAUUAUCAAUUAUACCUUGUCGCUCUUUGCUUCUUAGGUGUAAAGAACAUGUUGAAAGGCAUGGUAGACACUUGUGCUUCGCCGCACAUCUAUAAGGUAGUGGACUCCAUUGUUCAUGCUCUGACGUCACCAUAUCCUAAGUCUCAUUACGUAGUUGGCUGGGAUGCAAAGUUGCUAUGGAUCUGGGUGUCCAGGCUCCCGGCCGCCAUUGGGGACGCAAUCUUGAAUUUAUUGGGAGAAAAGGCUGAACCUAGUAAAUGCGCACGCGCAAAUAUGCCAGGUGACCAAACUCCACAAAAAAUAAAUGAAAACAACAAUGCAAUGAAUGGAUCUGUUCUUCAUAAUUAA